AUGCUCAAUUCGGAACUGCCAAAGAUCAACACAUACGAUUACCCUUCUGUGUCCACUGGCUCUCUCCUCCCGUCCAUACCUUCCAUUGAGGCUCUGUCUUCCGUCUCUUGUCCGCCAUCGCUGGAGCCAGAGUAUAGAAAAUCACCAAAUCCAGAGCCACAUCCAUAUAUAGUGUCUCCUUUAACCGAUGGUACAGAAUUAGACGCGGACCAUACCACAAUCACCGGAACUCUUUACAAUCCUGCGCGCACGCCCAUAAACCUUCUCGCUUCUGCUUUAGACUGUACCACUAAGGAUUUAUUAACCUCUAUUCCCACCGUUUCUACUCUAUACACAACUGCUAAGCAGUCAGACACAAGCGAACACCAGUCGCCUGCAUGUGAGCGAUUUGGUCCCUAUAUGGAUGCCACCAGUGCUAUCUCAAUAUAUGACCCAACUACUUGCAUAUGCAGUCGACCAGGCCAACAAUUAAUAAGUAAGAGCGGUGGAUAUAAGGAGUUGCCUUUUACUAAAACUGAAGACCUGAUUGACGCCAGUUCCGCCGCAUUAAGUCCCAAGUUCCACUAUAAGACCUUUAACAGGACCGAGAAGAGAUCGAGUGAUAUGCUGACUAUUUGCCCGACCAUUGAAAUCGCUGCUUUGCGACGUCAUUCGCUGCCUUUGGAACCAAUCGUCUCUGGGCUCAAUCUUUUAUCUCGAACGGGCUCACCACAACCUGUUAAUGCCAUCGCUAAUUUUAUAAAUCCGGGCCCACACCAAGCAAUGCCCAGUAUCUCCCUGACUGGACAUCUACGAGACAUUCGAACGCCGACAGAAUUAAUCACGUCAGAUUUGAGGCGCCCAGUGUCGUUAAUACCGGCUAAAAUAGCUACCCGCUUGCCUCGACGUAGCUCACUCCCCAUUUCGACUGUCUCGCAAGCAAUUCCUGCAGCCCAAUCUUCGUGUCGGCUAGAGGCAGCAGCCGUCUCAGGCCAGUUGGCAUGUGGCGUCACUUUCACUAUCGGCUCAACUUCACUCUGGCAGAUGAAUAUGACGGACUUCAGCACCAUAAUGGAUACCAGGGCGCAGUCGAAACUGCCGCGCCAAAGACGCUCUGGCCCUGAAGGCCGCAUUAACCGCGGAGCUGUCAUGAGGGCUUUUCCCGUCCCCCCGGCAUGGAGUGCCCGAGAAGUCAGCCCAGGCGGUCAAUUUACUGAUAACCCUACUUCAUCCCCAACAAUUACGGCUGCUGAUUGCGUAGGGAGCUGCAUAACCGCUUCGGUUACAGCCACCAACAUUGCUAAAGCUGGCCUAGACAUGGAGUCAGCCAGACUACCACCUAUUGCGUUAGUCCUGGCUCGGGCCGGCCGACGUGGCAGUGCGCCGCUGCUCAUCACUCCGAAAUGUUCGACAACCUCUGGAGACCAGUAG